AUGCAAAAACUUUUCCGACUCGGAUCAACUCUUGCCAGGUCUGCUGUCUCCAUCAAGCCCACUCUAAUGACUUCAAGAGUGACGCAAUUCCGUCCUUUCUCUCAAGGAUCAUUCGUUUUUGAGAUCGAAUCUUCAGAUGAUUUCAAUGAGAAGGUCAUCCAGUCACCAGUUCCGGUCAUUGUCGACUUUCAUGCCGAUUGGUGUGGUCCAUGCCAAGCACUUGGACCACGACUUGAAGAGAAAGUCAACGGACAGAGUGGUAGUGUUCUUUUAGCAAAGAUCAACGUCGAUUAUGCUGGAGAGUUGGCAAUGGACUACGGAAUCUCUGCAGUUCCAACAGUGUUUGCAUUCAAAAACGGAGAGAAAGUGUCGGGAUUCCAAGGAGUUCUUGAUGAUGAGCAGCUCGACGAAUUCAUUGAGAAUAUCCUUGCUGACUAG